AAUCUUAUAUAAUAAAGGAAAAAUGUCGUUGUUAUAUAAGAAUUAUAUAAUAUUAAAAUUAUGGUUUUCAGACCAGGCAAUGUUCACUGAAGACUAAUUGUAUUGUAACUAGAUCUAGAUUCCAUACUAUAAUAGUGAACUAAAGGAAUAUUUUAUUAUUUAUUUGGUCUUUGUAAGAUUGAUUAGUAGUAGUAGUAGGCUAAGUCGGUUAUGUCAAAGGUGGUAACAAAGCUAUUGUUUGUAAACAAUUUCAUCUGUUGGCAAAGUUUUGCUUCAUUGUAUCAUAUGGGAGAAAUGACUUCUAAAACAGUUAUGAUUUCUCAAGAUUAUGCUUUGCCAGGGAGAGCAGAGAAAAUUAAAGUAAAUGUGAAACACACAGUCCUAGGAAAUCCUACAGUUCUACCCUUUCCUGAUCAUACUGAAACAGCCAUCUUUGGUUUGGGAUGUUUUUGGGGAGCAGAGCGUUUAUUCUGGAAGCAAAAGGGAGUCUAUUCUACUCAGGUGGGUUAUUCUGGGGGUUUUACUGUCAACCCAACAUAUGAGGAAGUCUGCACCGGAAAGACAGGUCACACAGAAGUUGUGAGAGUUGUCUUUGAGCCUAACAAGAUAACCUUUGCUGAUUUGCUGAAGGCAUUUUGGGAGAACCACAACCCUACCCAGGGCUAUCGUCAAGGCAACGAUGUUGGCACGCAGUACCGCUCAGCCAUCUACACCCUGACUGAAGCACAAAAAACUCAGGCCGAAAAAUCAAGAGAUGAAUAUCAAGCAGAGCUGACCAAAGCUGGCUUUGGACAGAUCACAACGGAAAUACUUCCUGCCAAAGAAUUUUUUUAUGCCGAGGAUUACCAUCAGCAGUAUUUAGACAAAAACAAGAAUGGUUACUGUGGUCUUGGGGGAACAGGUGUCUCUUGCCCUAGAGGCUUGAAGAGAGAUGAACACUAAUGUAUUAAAUGUUAUUUAUUAAAAACAAGAAUGGUUACUGUGGUCUUGGGGGAACAGGUGUCUCUUGCCCUAGAGGCUUGAAGAGAGAUGAACACUAAUGUAUUAAAUGUUAUAUAAGUCCAGUGAUUUUUGAUCAUUUUUUAUCUAAUGUUACUAAUCAGAGUUGACUGGAUAUUUAUGCAAUUUUUUUAAAUUUGAGAGUAAACAGUAAAAUAUUUUGUUAUUGUUAUUAACUCUUAAUAGCUUCUAUUAUGAAGUAGCCUACAGUUUUUUCUAUUGUCUUUCAUUUGGAUUCUUCAAGAGUAGGAGCAGCAUGCUGAAGUUUAGUUUAGCAAUGGAUCCUUAAUUAUUUUUAAAAAAUUGUAAUGUAUUUUUUAGCAUUGGUCCAUUAUCAAAAAUUAUAUCAGAUUAAAAAAACUAAAAUGUUGAUGAACAGGUCUCUAUAAUAAACACCUGAUUAUUUUCAAAUAAAGUAGAAGAUAAUUUUUUAAAAUUACUAUUAUGAACUUUCCAUUUUAAUGUAUCUGAAUGUCUCAGUGACACAGCAAGCUGCAUACAUAUUUAUUAAACAAAUAUGGCCCACCAUGUCUUAUGCCCCUCUUGGAUAAAUUUUUAGGCACUUGUUUUGUAACUGUGAUUAUUAAAAUAACAGAUUUGUUGGAAUGUUGAAAGAAAAGAGAACAUGGUUGAUUCUACAUAAAAGCCAAGUAUUUACUAGUUAUUGAGUAUCAUUAUUACUGAUUUAUGAAAUAACUGGUACACUUUGACUUUAAUAAAUCUAAAAUAUAUAUUAUUGUAUAUAGACUCAGAACUAUCGAGUUAACACCUCUAGGUCUAAGUAAGUAUCUUAGUUUAUGUUUGUUUUCUCUGGAUAUAAUUUCUGUGUUGCUGUUGGAUGUAAGAAGGCAAAUGUACAUAGCAACAUUAUUAUGCCACUAAUUUUCUGUAUUGUAGUAUGUCAUUGACACUGAGAUAAGUCCAAAUUACAACUUUUGAUUGAUUUAUGGUGGGAUAUUUUAACCAGGUUAUGGCAAGGAUAACCAUAAACCAAUUGUGCUGUGCUUGCCCUACACAAGUAGUUUUAUCUUUUUUUUAAAAUUGAUUUUUAUAUCAAUGAAAAUGUAUAUUGUUUAUAAAUAAAAUCUUACAUUUAUUUAAUGUCUGAUUUUUAAAUCAUACACUUGAGUUUCUGGUUUUUAGAAAGCAAGUAUUCAGCCAAGUGAUGCUGGGUUUCUAUGAUCAUUAGUUUGAUUAAAAA